AAAAGCUGAGGUAACAAUUUUUGUAAAACUCAGUUGCUUGCAGGGGGCGUGGCAGAUGGCGUCAUCGCUAUCUGAGUGUAGCCUCUCAGUAAGCUUUUCGUUCCCUUAAAAAGAUUACCUACCCAGUCAAUUGCCCACGUAGGCACAACGGAGUGAAACGCGGCUCUCUAUACUGAGACACGAUCCUGAGAUCCUUCAUGUCCAUCACUGUGCUGUGCGAAUCACUCACACAUGGCCCUCCUCUUUCCAGCUGCAGACAGCAUGCCCACGACGCGCACUGCUCCAUGCACUCUGCAGCUGAAGCCGUCACUCUGCAGGACACAAGCAGUGCUUCAGUGAACACUGAACAUCCCAGCACAGCAUUUCUUUCACUGUCUGAUCUGUCCGAUCAUAUCUGAUACUCGGUCGGAAUUAGUGGAUGUAUGCCAUGCGCGUUCUUCAUAUUUCAACUCUACUGGUGGUGCUGGUUGUAAGAGCGUACCGGCAUUUGUUGCCCGGAUCCUGCAGCUUCGAGAGUGGCACAUGUGGCUACACUUCGGAUCUGGCGCAUGCUACUUGGACUGUGAACGACAAAGGUCGCUUCAUAGCUGUAGACUCCUCCCUUAUGGGCGAAGCCGACAAGGCCAUUUUGGUGAGCCCUGAACUUGAAAUAUUUGACUGGAGCUGCUUACGUCUAGUGUACCAAAUCGCUGGGGCAGGCUCACUUCAGGUUCACUUGCGCCCUGAGGGCGAGAACUUCGACUACCUGCUAUGGACGAUGGACAAACCCUCGGACAGCUGGUUAAUAGCCAGUGUGGACCUCCGCAAGUUUUCCAAAGCCUACCAGAUUUUACUGGACGCCAGGCCCAACAAAGGGACAGGAAACAGCAUUGCUAUCUUUGAAAUUCAUAUCAUACCUGGUUACUGUAUAGAGUGUAACUUUGAGGAAGAUCAUUUGUGUGGCUACCGAAUCCAGUGGAACCCCAAUGUGAACUGGUUAAUGGGAGGAAGCCUCACUCGAGACCCUCAAUCAACCCUCCCAUAUGACAACGCCUUGAACAAUGACAGAGGUCGCUACCUGUAUGUCAGCUCACUUUACACCAAGGAGUUCCAAGAGGUGGCAAAACUCGAGUCGCCAAUGAUCACUGUUCCCAUGUCAGGCUGCUUGUCUUUCUACUACCAGAGGAACCUAUCCAGGGGCAACUUCUUCUCUGUGUUCACCAGAGACCAGCUGGGCCACUACGAGGAGAUUUGGAGGCCAGAUGUGUAUGCCACGUCCACCUGGAAACUAGUGCAGGUGGACAUAAAGGUGCACCAUCCUUCAGAGGUGGUGUAUGAGGUAGCAUUCAACAGUCCUAGUGGCGGCUACGUAGCUGUGGAUGACAUCGCCUUUUCUCCUGAGUUCUGCCACAACGCAACACAGCCAACCUUUGACCCCUUUGUGGCUAACUGUGAUUUUGAGGAGAAUCUGUGCCGGUACUAUCAGGAGCAAUUCGGAGGCAGUGUGUGGAACAGAGUGUCCGUGAGACCAAACGUUUACAGGAUCGGAGACCACACUAACGGCGAGGGCUGGUUCCUCCUGGCUAACACCCGUUUCAGAUCCCGCAUGGGUUACGUGAGCCGCCUGCAUGGACCCUUUCUGCCUGGGAACCACAAAUAUUGUCUCAGAUUCUAUUACGCUCUGCACGGUUUAAGGAAGAUUGACAACAACCUGGCCCUGUAUAUCUAUGAUGAACAGAAUGUAGCUCAGGCUAAGAUCUGGACAGUGCCUGAGAGCUCCAGAGAUGUGUGGACGGAGGUGGAUGUUACAUAUCAGAGGCCAAUGCCAACUAAGAUUGUGUUCGUCAGUAUCUGCAGAAGCUUCUGGGACUGUGGGCUCAUAGCUCUGGAUGAUAUCAAGGUCACUCUUGGGGACUGUAGCAUCACGGCAGGUCCUUUGCGACCACCGCCAGGACACUGUUACUUUGAGACAGGAGACUGUGGAUAUACUCAGGAAAUUAAGAGUAAGAAAGCACACUGGUUACGGAACAGGGGACCGACACCCACAUCCUACACAGGGCCCAAGGGGGACCAUACCUUAGGGGUAGGGUACUACAUGUACAUUGAGGCAUCCAAUAUGUUACCUGGACACUCAGCACGGUUGGUGACGCCGGAACUACGGGGUUCGUUCAGGCCACAGUGUGUAACCUUCUACUACCACAUGUAUGGUACGGGAACAGGGGUCCUCAACGUCCUGCUGCGACAGAAGGGUAAAGUCAAAGAGACACUGCUCUGGAGCCGACAAGGAGAGCAGAGUAUCUCCUGGAUGAAGGCUACUGUGGAUUAUGACUGCUUUACCAAGCACAAUAUUAUAUUUGAAGCAGUCAGAGGCCCUUCACUAAGAAGUGAUAUUGCUAUUGAUGACAUUGUUUUCCAAACUGGACCAUGCGAAGAUCUCGGAGACAGCUUUUCCUACUCAGGCUUCUCUGAGGACUUCAAUGAGAUUGAGUACUGAGCAAGGCACUGGAAUAUUCUGUGUUUGCAUCUGUUUUUGUUGCUAUGCAUGACCAAACUGAGAGACGCAUUUCAUUGGUUUUCUUAGUGGAAUUCGUUCAUGGACAAAAUAUUACCAAAAAAUUUUAGAUGUUACAAGGACAUCUUGGGAACGUUGUUAUUUUAUAAAUCUAGCUUUAGCAGUUCUUAAUUAAGAAAUGCUUUUUGUCCUUUAAAGUAGUAAAUUGUCAUUUUGUUCAGCCCUCUGCUUGCCUGCAAGGCAAAUUGCAACUGAAAUGCAAACACUGACAAGCCCAUAUCCUCGCUGUUGAAACUAUAUAUGCCUUGCGAGCUGCAUUUUAAGGCCGAACAGCUCCGUAGAAGAGCUGUUUUAAAAUUUA